CGCGGCCACCUACGUCACUCCGGGGGGGGCGGGGGCGGGGCGGGGCUUCCCCGGGACCCCCCCGCGCCCCGGCCCGGUGCCGCCGGUGCCGCCGGUGCCGCGGACUCGCCGGAGCUGUGCCACGGCUACUACGACGUCAUGGGCCACUACGACGCGGCCUUCAACUGCUCGACGGGCGCGUUCCGCUUCUGCUGCGGCACCUGCAGCUACCGCUUCUGCUGCGAGCACCGGGCGCGCCGGCUGGAGCAGCGCCGCUGCGGCAACGCGCGGAGCCCGCCCUGGGCGCGCACGGCGCCGCCCGCGCCCUCCGCCGCCCCCGGGGCCGCGGGCGGCGCGGGCGGGGUCCCGUACGUGGUGUGCGGCGUGGUCAGCGUGGCGCUGGCCGUGGCCGUGGGCGCCCGCGCCGCCUGGGGACGGGGACAGCGCGCGGCGGGCGGCGGCGGCGGCGGAGGGGCGCGGGGGGACGGCUCCAGCCAAACGUCCCCAAAUGUCCCCAAACGUCCCCAAACGUCCCCAAAUGUCCCCAGGGCGCUCGUGGACGUCCUGCGGCACCAGGCGGGGGGGGGCGGGGCGCGGCCCGAGCGCCGCAGCAGCUGCGGGGUCCUGGCGCCCCCUCCCCCCGACUCGGGACCCCCCCGGCCCCCCAAAAACCUCUACGGGCCCGGCAACGGCUACGCCCAUCUGGGCUUCGGGACCCCCGAGCACCGCGGGGCCACGCUGGACUGGCGGGUGCCGCCCCCCGCCCCCCUGAGCUGCUCCCGCUCCUUCCACAACCUCUCGCACCUCCCCCCCCCCUACGAGAGCCCCCCCCGGGCCGACGGCGCCCGCUGGGCCUCGCUGCGGCGCCUGGCCGACCGUGACCUGGAGGAUUUCGGGGGUCCCUGGGGCCCCCCCUGGGGGGCGCCCCCCCCCCCGCGGGGCACGCUGCCCCUCCCCCCGCCGCGGGGGGGCCGCCGGGUCCUGUCCCAGGAGUUUUUGGGGGGGGGGGGGGGCCCCGAUGACGUCAGCACUGUGGAUUCCCCCCGCCCCCUCACCCCCACCCCAGGACGUCACAACGAGGGGCGGAGCCACCCGACGAUGACGUCACCGAUCACUGCCAAGGCCCCGCCCCUCUCUCCCGAUGACGUCACGGAGGGCUGGGCCCGCCGGUGA